CAAAAUCUCCCCCACUUGGGCCCCCACUGCCUCUCUACGCAGUGCCAAAUGCUAAAUUUUUCCUCAUUCAGCUUUAUCUUGUACCAAAGAGCGAGCGAUACGCUGCAUCCCUUUUCCAGAGACCAUAACUCUGCUUAGGUGGUGGAAUUUAACUGCACUUUGUUGAAUUAUUGACGGGAAAAUGCCUGGCUGCGUUGUUGCAUGGUGCGGACAAAAUUCGUCUGUUCGCAUUAUGGACCCGAGACUGGUGGACAGGAAAGUGACUUUUCACAAUCUUCCGAGUGAUUCGGCAAUGAAGAAGUUAUGGGUUCAGGCGCUGCGUCACGGAGGUAGAGCUGAUAAUUGGGAGCCAAGCCCUAAUGCAAAAAUCUGCAGUCUGCACUUUGAUCCCCAAGAGCUUCAAUAUAAUGGGCGGCUGACCAAUAUCAAGAGAGGCGCUGUGCCAAAGAUUGCAUAUUCGGCUAUUAAAAAGAGGAACCGACGCAACAACAAGCACAGGCCUGAUGUUCUCCAGAGCCUUGUUCAGAAUAUGGACAUUGAAGAAACUUGCGUCCCAGAUGUCCCUGCAACUGUUGACAUGAAAAGCAUCGUCCAAAUUGAAGAAAGCAACACGUACGAAUUCCCAGUGUACUUGGAUGAUCUGGCGCUGUCUGUUUUAGACGAACAGCCCUCACAGGAGAAGAGCAAGAAAGUGGUGAAAUUGCCUGAAAACCACACUUUUGUCGAAGAUGCUCUGGCCAAGAAGCCCGCCGAAGUAACUUUGGAAAGUCUGCUUGCAAAGGUGAUGUCUGCACUUCAAGAACUGAAUGAUGCUUCUGCCAAGAACUCUGAGGUAGCAAAAGGGGUAGAACAGCUUAUAAGCCAAGCCUCAGAUCUGCGCAAGGCUGUGUGCAUAGCGGACAUUUGCAAUGAUCUCGAGAAGCCUGCAACUGCCACGGUUCCCAGGUAUUUCAAUGAGGAACCAACUGAAGAUGUUCUGAAAGUGCCAGAAAACAUUUAUCAACAGGACCCCUUUGCAAAUAUUUUUUCUGCUGGAAUGAUGGCUUAUAACUAAAAUUGCCACGGUUCAAUUUAAUUUACUUCACUGCAAACUCUGCCAUUUGCAUAUGUAAUUUCAUGUAACUGAAUUAUCUUAUAUCUCUGUUGAAUUUUUCUAAUGUCAUUAAUUUUUUAUGAAUGGGUAUAUAUUUUGAU